AUGGUUUACAAAAAAGAUAAUAAAUUAAUUAAUUUACACUUCAUUUUCAUAAUUAUUUAUUUGCUCCUUAUAGUUGAGUCAUUUACACCUGUAGAACGUUAUGGUCAUUCAUCUGUCCUUGUUGGGAAUAAGAUAUAUUUUUUUGGUGGUUAUGAUGGAAGAAAUUAUACAAAUGAAGUAUUCUAUCUCGAUUUGUCACAAAAAUUUGACACAGAGCUUCCACCAUGGACCGACCUCACAUCAAAUUCAGGAAUAGGAUUUAAAAGUAGUUGGGCAACUACGGUUGCAAUAAAUGAUAAAAAUAAUAACCCGAUAAUAUUCCUUAUUGGAGGAGUAAAUUUAGAUCAAGUUGGUGGAAGUGCCUUUACUUCACUAGUAUAUACAUUUAAUCUACAAUCUGGGCAAUGGAAGAUUCCUAAAAUUAAAGGAACAGAAACAGUGAGAAGAUCGUAUAUUCAAGCGGUCGUUGAUGAGACUGGAAAAAUUUAUGUUUUUGGUGGACUUUUUGAUGGGUCAACAGGAUUAGAAAUGAGUCAAGACAUGAUAAUAUUAAAUACUAAUGAUUUAACGUUGUCAUAUGGUACUAUUACUAAUUCUCCUUUAAAACGAUAUUUAUAUACUGCAACAUUAUUACCGAAUGGUAUGAUUUUAUAUAUCGGGGGUUUGGAAUAUGACAAUAUUGAAAAGGAACAUAUAACGCUUUAG